UCGUAAUUCAUGGUUUGCUGUUGGAAUCACCUGUCAGACGAAGCUUCGUACGAAUCUGCACGAAUCGAUCCGGCGAGGCGAAAGAACGGUUAGCAAGCAGGUGUAUCGAUACAACACGCUGAGGGAGUUGUUGAUACGCACCGAUAUGAUCGCCAGUCUUUUCUAGACACCGUCAACGUUCUCCUCGCAGUCGCACGCAACAUUAUCUCUUUUGCGGACGCAGCAGCAUACAACGAGUCUCAAUAAUGCAAAGUGUCAUAAAUUCGGUGAAAGGCACCGCAUUGGGUGUCGCUGAAUACUUGACGCCGGUGUUAAAGGAGAGCAAAUUCCGAGAAACAGGUGUUUUAACUCCUGAGGAAUUUGUAGCAGCUGGAGAUCAUUUGGUACAUCAUUGUCCUACAUGGCAAUGGGCUAUUGGUGAUGAGGAUAGGGCAAAAUCUUAUUUACCAAAAGAUAAACAGUUUUUGUUGACUCGUAACGUUCCCUGUUCACGUCGGUGUAAGCAGAUAGAGUAUAGCAACGAACAGGAAUGUAUUAUAGAAGCAGAUGACACAGAAGGGGGUUGGGUAGAUACUCAUCAUUAUGAUAUUAGUCUUGCCGGCCUGGAUGAGAGAGUAACAGAAAUGACAUUAGAAGAGACACAGCCAUCUCAGACGGACAAUGCGGACGACGACGAGGAUGACGAAGAUGCUGCUGAUAUGGAGGCUUUUGAAGUUAGCGGAAUGUUAGAUGAGCAGGAUAAGCAUACAGCACCGGAGAACACAAAGAAGACUGGUCAAGAGAAGCGAGACUCGUUCUCGGAAGGGGAGAUUAUUCGCACCCGCACUUAUGACUUAUACAUCACAUAUGAUAAAUAUUAUCAGACGCCUAGGCUGUGGUUGUUCGGAUACAAUGAAAACCGGAAACCGCUCAAUGUAGAGGAGAUGUACGAAGAUGUUAGCCAAGAUCAUGCCAAAAAAACGGUCACAAUGGAGAUUCACCCACAUAUACCUGGCCCUCCCAUGGCUUCUGUGCAUCCUUGCAGGCAUGCGGAAGUAAUGAAGAAGAUCAUCGAGACCGUGAUGGAGGGUGGUGGAGAACUGGGAGUGCACAUGUACCUAAUAAUAUUCCUGAAGUUCGUGCAGUCUGUCAUACCCACAAUCGAGUACGACUACACGCAGAAUUUCAUGUUAAACGCGUCCGGUUAAAUAUAUCGCCAUAGUGCGUUGUGUGAUUGAUAUAAAUCGCUUACGAAGUACAUUCAUAGCAGAUACGCGCGAGAUAUUUAUGUAUCGAUGUUUUAUUACGCUUGUCGUCGUCGAGCAAUGGGGAUAUUCGAGGUCGCGAAGGAUACGAGAUCUUAAGACUGUGAUUGCAACGUGCGUCUUGAGUUUGAAGAACUCACGUUCCACGACGUGAGCAGUCAUUCCCACAAUUGCGAGACUUCAAAGAUAUUAAAUCGUACGGAUCUCUCAGCGUUGAGCAUUUCAAGAUCCAUUUGUUACAUUCAUCUCGAUUGAGUUCGAAGUAGACGUGCACCGGCACCAGAAGGUUUUUACAUUCGCGAAAUACAGCUGAGCACAUAUUAUUUGACGUGACAACCGUUAGACAAUAAUGGACGAAUGAAGGCUACAUUGAAGGCAACAAAGAAUCCAUCGGCAGAAGGAGAGAGAAAGAGAGAGAGAUAGGAAGAAUUCUAUGAAAGUGAUUUCUUUUAUAUAUUAAUAAUUACUCAAGCAAAUCCACUUGCUCUAGCGUAUCAUUUAUCAAAAGAAAAAGAGAAAAAAGAGAUAAAAAAAAAAGAAAAAGCUUGGAUAUCCAUCGGAAUCGAUUAUAGCCAAUCGCUACUCGAAAAUAAAUUAACUAUUACGAACAUCA